GUUCCGGUGAGAAGGGAGGAUUAGUAUAGUUCGACCGGAGUAAGUUAUAUCGCGUUGCGGAUGUGUGUUGGUGGCUGAUAACAGACGGAUUAUAGCUCUCAUCAAAUUCACCGGAUUAACGCAGAGACCAUAUCGGAAUACUGUGAAUUUAUUUCGUCGCGGAACUAAAAAAUAUUGAAAAUGAACUUGGAAAUACCGGACGGGUUAGGGGACAUGUUACGGGACUUCACGGUUUCCGUCCUGCGGGAAAAGCCCAUGGAUAUAUACGAAUACGCCGUGGAAUAUUUCACGAAAGUUCGGGACAAAAAGGCGAAUAAAAAUGUCCCGAUGUAUAUCAUCGUCGAUGAUGAUGACCAGGCCAGGGAGCCUGACCCUGGUGAGUUCAGGCCGAUUACCCAGAAAAACAAUCGUUUUGCCCGUCGGCACUCCGUCUCUGCGGAAAGAUACGAUCCUGAAGCGGACGACGACACUGAGAAGGUCGUCCAUCCAAAGACGGAUGACCAGCGGGAGAGACUCUUAGAGGCGGUAGGUGGGAUCUUGCUUUUCCGUUCAUUAGACCCUGACCAGAUGCAGGACGUCCUUGAUGCAAUGUUCGAAAAACGUGCCACGCCUGGUGAACAUGUCAUCGAACAGGGUGAUGACGGUGACAAUUUUUACGUUAUUGACCAAGGGACCUAUGAUGUUUUGGUGACGGUAAACGGGGAGCAGAAACGUGUGCAUGUCUUUGAAGAUCAGGGGAGUUUCGGGGAGUUGGCGCUGAUGUACAACAUGCCCCGGUCCGCAACUGUCGUCGCAAAAACCAAGGGCGUACUAUGGGCAAUGACGAGGAACUCUUUCCGGACUAUUGUGCUAAAGGCAGCAUUCAAGAAACGUAAAAUGUACGAGAGUUUACUGGAGGGUGUGCCUAUGUUGAAACAUUUGGACCAGUAUGAACGUAUGAAUCUUGCUGAUGCACUUACACCCAGGAUUUAUCAGGAUUGCAUAAUUCUCAAAGAAGGUGAUGAUGCUGAUGGGAUGUACUUUAUAGAAGAUGGAAAUGUAAAAAUUACGAUUACGAAAGACGGUAAAGAGGCGGAAGUCGCUCGAUCCGGGAAAGGGAAAUACUUCGGUGAAAUGGCGUUGGUUGAGAAUAAACCUAGGUCUGCUAAUGUGUAUGCUGUUGGUAAGGUUAAACUAGCAUUUUUAGAGGUAGAAUCGUUCGAAAGACUUCUCGGACCCUGUUUGGAUAUCAUGAAACGAACCAUCGCUAAGUAUAAACAGAAAUAGGACAAUAUCAUGAACUACAUGAAACAUGAAUGUGGAAGUUUGAGAAAGGUAUAGAAUAUGUCGAUUCGAGUAAAGUUGGCAAACUACAUAUUUCUGACAUCAGGAGUUUUAUCACAGAAAUUUCAUUGAACACAUAACUUCUGAUUUGUACCGCCACCACUUGAAUCCGGUGUCGUUAAUCGAGCAUCUUUUGGCAACAUGCGUAUAAGAACAGAUACUAUAUACUGUUACAUGUGGGUCUAUACGUCACUAGCACACGUUUGCCAUGCUACAUGUACACCAUAAAGAAACGUAUACACGACAGACAGAUGAAAUUCAUCCUGCUUGGGCUUAGGCGAUUUGCCACAUUCCAAGUUAGUUCUAUAUGAAACUUGAUGAUGACAAGUGUACAAAAAGCUUAUGCCGUGUCACUAUCGGAGUCGACAGUCUCUUUCUCAAACGUCCACACAGUGACAUGUUUUAAUCCUCGAUAAAUCCACUGACAAUAAGCCAGAACUGUGGAUAUCGAUAUACAUGUAUAUAAAGAGUUUCAGGCCCGAAUAGCAAACAUUACUAAACCUUUAUGAAAACCAACGAUGUGACGUUCUUGGGGUGUCAAAAUGUUGACAGAAGUGCGCCAACUCAAAUCACUGUAAUCUUACAUGUGCAUUGCAGUUAAGUAUUUGAAGACAGAAAUCAUGAUUCUGAUUAUCUAUUCACGAACGGAAGGAGCCCAACUCGUUUUAUUAUACUUAUUAGUCAGAUCUUCAUUUGAAAAAUGGUUACUUAAUGGUGGGUCGUUGUCUGCGAGAAGAUUUUAUUUUUCGGAAAUACCUCUUCUAUUACAUCAAUAUUGCAUGAUAAUGGUUGUGAAAAGAAUACAUACCUACUAAAGUGGUAGCAUUUCAUCUAUUGGUGACAACACGCAGAUUCAAUUCAAUUCAAUUUCAUUUAAUGGAUGGUGCUCUGCUUUUUUCGCCCGUCAAGAAGGUGAUGCAGGGAAAUAUGUAUGUGUCGCGAAAAAUGAUGCUGGAUCUAAGGUGUAAGACGGGAGCAUUUCGUGAAUGGGUCAAUCUUUAUUCGAUUGGCGUGGCGAGGGAACAACCAAUACCAUGAGAUGAAUAUUUGGUCACCGCCAAAAUUGAGCUGAUUGUACAAGAGAUUACAUACAGAGACAAAUAGCCUAUUUCACUGUGUACAGACGACCAAGCUUUACCUCCAGGAAGUGGAGUCCAUUGAUCGUAUUCUUUCGUUAUGCAGGUAUUCCCGUGCGAAUCGGGUACUACGUCUUUCAAUCGGCUAUACCCCGGUGACAUUAAAAUGUGCACUUGGCCAUCCUAUACAACAAAGAAUUUGGAUAUUGGAGUCUUCUUCCUGUUGAUGUAGCAGGGCCUUCUUGACGCGCUUGUAUUCAUCAAUUGGGCUCUGCAUCCGUGGGCCCAUUUAGGCAUACGUCAACGAUAUCGCCAAAAAACAAAAAAUGGCGCUGUAAGUUAAAGUAAUAUUGAUUUCGUCCUCCAUUAUCGUAUUUCCGUGGAGAUUCUCACUGAAUUAGAUUUUCUCAGUUAAUUCGUCUGUUCAAGCAAAAACAGGUGUCGAUCAGAAAGUUAGUAAACAUGACCGGAGAUUGAUUUGGUCGUUAGUGUAGGCUCAGUUAUUUGUCGAAACCAAUCGAAAUCUACCCAUUCUCCAAGCAGAUUACACAGUGUGGCCACAGGCAAGUGAGAAUACAAGAACGAACAAAUCAGUUGGCGAUCAUUCAGCCCCCACCCAACCUACAGAAAACGGAACCAGAAAACACUUUUGCUUUGUUGAUUGCGUGUGUUUUAAUUUGAUGCGUGCACUGCAUUCAUCAAAAUUCCUAGUGUUUCCCAAAUUUUCAUGGUCAAUUUCGAUGAUCUGUCAUAAAUAAAGGGGAUAAACCCUACGGUCUGCACGCGUCUGUUGCGCCACCUGUAGCCGCGCCUGAUCGAUCGGAUUCUGGUAUCUUCACGCGCCUGUGAUGACUCUAAAAUCUUGGAGGAUAUUCAGUAUUCAUAAACGGUAAUGAAUGGCGGCAUGUUUGGCAGACACAGAACGAGUGUCUGUACGCGCCGAAGACUAAUAUUUACCCUGGAAAUGGAAUGAGGUGGUCGGUCAUUUGUUGCUGUGUCAGAAUAAUGAAUUUGAUUGCGUUUCCUGACAGUCCUAACUUGAUAUCCGUGGAGAUUAGCCGUCUCAUUUUCCAGGCUGAAUCGCACCGACUGAAGGAACGGAAUUGGCGGAGUAAGAAUGAUGGAACAUGAGAUAUUCACGCAUUAAAGGGACAACCUGGGCGUGGUAUUUACCUGGCCAGGAGGAUAAUGACCCUGCUUGCCACCAUGCGCCGCCAUUUGUACAUGUCAUAUCACACUAAUGCUGAGUUCUAAUUAUGAUUUUGGACAGUGUUGGGAGGCAGUUUUGGACUCGGGACAACGCCAUGGCAUGUGCAUUUCAGGCAGGCCUAUGAUUACACCCCGUUCGAGUGCAUUGUUUAUUGCAGUUCAAUGACUUUUCAAUUAUGCUGUUUGGAUAAGUUACGGUCCUACUGGAAGCCAUUUUCGUAUGAAAAACCAACAUAUCUCAUACACAAGUGGUCCCUUUAAGCAAUCAAGUAAAAGACUGGGAUUAUAUCCUCAAUAAGUUGGUUCUUCUGCUAUUUCAUUCAUUAAGUUGGUUUUCUUUGAAAGUGUUUGACGUUUUUUUCCAGUUUUGUUUCAACUCUCAGAAGAAAAACGCGUUAUUCGAUAGCGCGCGCACGGUCAAUUACUUCUUGGCGCGGUCGUUAUCCGGCAAUUUGAAUAGGGCCAUUUGCUGGUGUAUAAGAAUAAUGAAUUGAAUUGCGUUUCCUGACAGUCACUGACAGUGUAACUCGAUACCCAUGGUGGCUAGCUGUCUAAUUUUCCGUGUAUUGACGGAAUAUCAAUUUCCCUGUUGCUUGACGCUCUAGCAGUUCGCUAAUAAGAGUGAGUGCCUUGCAGUACAGCUAACGCCCAUUCAUCAUUGACCAUGUCAACCGAAAAAAACAGACAUUGAGGCGACGGACGUAUAUACAAACACUACAUCCGUUAUAUUGAUCACAAAUAAAAUAAUGUUAGUCGUUAA